AUGGACACUUCGGACGGGAAGCUCUGUCCCCUUUCGAGUGAGGCACCCGGUAGCGCACUCGAGAAACAGAGUUCCAGGGCCCAGAACCAGCAGACGGACCACAGCGCGAAACGAACGGGCAUCAGCGGUGUAACAGAGGAAAAUGCGAAAGCCGAAGGAGCGAAAGAGAAGAGAAAAACAGGCCGCCCAGACCCGAUUGUUCAGUAUGUUGUGCUCCGGAAAGACCUGCAGACUCUCCUGGGAUGGCCCGCAGGAGCAGUCAUUGCUCAGGCAUGUCAUGCUUGCAUUAGCAUAGUGGCUUCGACGUAUUCUGACCCAGCCGUACAGGCGUACCUUGCAGAAGGUGACAGCAUGCGGAAAGUCGUUCUGGAGGUCCACGGCGAAGAGGAGCUUAGAAAGGAGAGAAAGUACGGGAUCGGCCUGUACUCUGGAAACGAACAGCGCACCUGGCACAUUCCACGCUUACCAACCCGAAGCGACCUGUAUUUUGAUACCGUCUCGCCCCCGCAACGGGUAGUUGGCUUCUUGCUCGACAGCCGCAAACUCUUCUUUCGGGUGAGAGAGGAACUGGAUCUUCUUGCUGGCAUGCUGCUCCGACAGCUCCCUACGUACAUAUGCAUAUGUAAGUAUGCUUCUUGUUUUGCAAGCAUGCAGACUAUCGUACGUGUACAUGCGUUAUUACAG